GUCAUGCUGGCAAAUUGGAGGGCAAACCUUUGGAGGAGGUCACCACGGAGAUUGCCAAAUUGCAACGACAAGCCUGCGACGCAAUCUUGGACAAUGGCGAGCUCUGGUAUGUGACCACAACUGACAGAGGCAGCAACGAGGUGUCGGCGCGGGGAAUCACGCAGUCAUAUAUUUCAUCACGUUUGGGUUUGGCUCCCGUGUACUAUGCCAAUUCAGAUUGCUUCGAGCAUUUGGGUCAUCUGAUCACGUUAGGCGGUAUGAAGUUGGUAGAUGAAGAGCUCAGGGCCGUUCGCCAGUGGAAGUAUUAUUCGUCGCUGGCAGUCUUCAGUAACACUGCACGAGGUCUGGGUAAAAAGAUCUAUCGACAAUGGUGCGUAGAGCACAGCCCUUCCAGUGCAAAAGAACGAGUUUUCAAGCUGUUUCCGAGAUGCAAUUCGGGACGUUGGAACUCCACUGACGAAACUCAGAAGCGCAUCAUAGCUUGUGGUCAGGAUAUGUUCCAACCGGUGUUGAAAAAGGUGCUGAGUGCAGCCAUUUGUGAUGACAAAUGUGGACCAGCAAGCUUAACGGUGUGGUCCGACCCAUCCGUGCCCAUCACUGAUUCUGCUGAGCAGGCUGAACCUCCAAACAAGAGGGCCAGAGUAUCUUCAGAGUCUUCUGUUCCUCAACCAAAGGGAAAGGCGAAGGCAAAAGCACAGGCCAAAGGAACGGCAAAGGGUUCCGAUUCGUGGCAGCUUGUGGACGGAUUAGCCAUUCAAGAAACGCAAGCCUACACAGAGAAGAUUGGCAAGUAUCGGCGAUCUACCCUCACAUGCGCUGAGGACAAGUUAUGGUGGCUGCUGAUUGAGAUCAUGAAUUGUUGCAAACAGCCCACUGUUCAUUUCAGUGCCUUCUUGAAGAAGCGUUGCGCGACUGAUUUUGUGGCAAAGCAUGGAAAUGCCCUCACCCAGUUAGUCCAUGGUCGAGCACAGGAUUUCAUGUGCGAGUUUGAACAAAUCCUGGAUAAUCCAGACCUCGCAAAGAUUCUUGAUCGUGCUGUGCGGAUGCUGCCUGCAGAAGAAUCGAGUUUUGGCUUCAGCCUGAAUAGAUGGGCGGGCUUUGGUCUUGACAACUUGUUGACUUGA